AUGGAUUCUGGUCUACCUCAGGCUCCCAAUAAACGGCGGCGUCUGGACGCUUCGGUCCCGUCACUACUGAACCCAACAUCCAUCGUGGUGCCGGAUUAUACAGACCGAAUCAUCGCGGAAGAUGUCAACCAAAAUAAUGAAGUGACAGGGAAUUUUCCAACUCCAUUCAAUUCUUAUCAGGCCGGCGUCGGGAAUAUUGCACAGAUACCUCAUACCGGACUUCCUACAGGGUUUUCUUCAUCAUUACCGCAAAGCCAUUUCGAGAACAUUUCAAGAAAUGAAAGGUUUGGGGGAUUUCCCACUGGUUUCGAGAACCACACGCCAGAUACAGUGAAUCAAAACUAUCAACUUGAAGUCGCCCAAGGAACAGCAAGCCAAUUUCAAAAUUGCAAUCUACAAUACGAAUCCUACUAUCCUAAAGAGCUUCCUCCUUUAGUGGGCAACUCCAUUGGCAGCCAGCGCCAGCCCUCGUCAAUGUUGACUCUCAAUCCAGUUGCGACGGAAAUCCCAAGUAAAAUGUCGGUAUCAUCUCUGUUCCAAACUGCCAUAACAGAGACUUCAGCUCCAACUCUAAGUUCCAUUUAUAAAGAUUAUCAUACGCAUCCUGGGGGAACUGUCAUAAAUACUGUUUGUUUUGGUAUGUUUUCAGGUGUUACCGGAGAAUUUGAGGUUUCUUUCAGACAUGGUGAAGAGCUACUACCUUCCCCCCUUCCGGUACAUUUAGAGACAGCUGGCAGUUUUACGUGCGAUACCGUUGCUGAACUAAAGGGAACCGUCUCAACUCAGCACACGCAACUAUUGCAGGCAAUACUGGACGAGUCGUCCAUCCGAAUUCAAGCCACCUGCACUUGGGAUGAAAAAGGCAUUGAGGCUCAAUGUCUUAAUAGCAUUCUACCUAAACUAAUUCCUUGUUCACUUUCCUUCACUCUCUACGGGCCGAUGGAACUAUGUGAAGAACUAGGAACCUUCUUCCAAGAUCACGAAAUUUAUUUACAGGAUCCUUUAAAUUGCGAUGUGAACGUGUUGCAAACCGACAUCCUUGAGGUCUUUGACGUGCAGGGCAUACCCCAUCAAUCAUACCUUCUUGAAAUUCUGGAUCAGCAAGAAGAUCUUCCUGAAGCUUCGCAACCUUCGAUAAUUCAAGCACAGCUUGAAAGACACCAGAAACAGGCCAUGAGCUUCAUGUUACGACGAGAACAAGGAUGGGCUUUUGAUUCAAGCAGUGGAGACCUCUGGGGCUGGAAGAAGACUGGCCAGGGCCGAUUCUUUAUCAAUAUGAUUUCAGGAGACCAUCAGCGGGAAGAACCCAAGCAAUUCUUCGGGGGCAUAAUUGCGGAUCCUAUGGGCCUUGGGAAAACUUUAACCAUGAUUUCUCUUGUUGCAGCAGAUCUGGAAAGAGAAAAUACUAAAAAUGGAGCCUUUGAUAUGUGCACUUACAGUUUUGAGAGCAAUGAUGCAACAUUAAUUGUUGUGCCCCCUGCCCUUCUAGACACCUGGGAGGAGCAACUAUCUCAGCAAGCCCAGACUAGAUAUCUCCCUCCUGCGUUGGCCAUGUACUUACUUCAUAUAGCACACUUCAUUCGCAAUAGCAGUUCACAAAUGGCUAAAUCCGUUUGCAACAUUCAGGCAUCCGCGCGAUGGGCAGUGACAGGUACCCCGAUUCAAAAUAGACUUGGAGAUCUAGCCGCGCUUUUCAAAGUCCUUGACGUUUAUCCAUACGGCGAUAUCAAACAUUUCGAUGCCCAUAUUACCCAUUUAUGGAAAACCGGUGAAUCUGAAAAGGCCAUGGAGAGGCUUAAAAGAUUAUCCAGAUGCCUUACUCUCAGAAGACCCAAGACCACAAUUAACCUCCCCACAAGAACAGAUCUCCGAUGUUUGGUGAAUUUCACACCCGACGAAAGGGCAUUGUAUGAGAAGACCAAAAGCCAGGCAAUUGCACAUUUUACAGAAGCUGCAACGCAUGAAGGAGCUGACCAUUUGCCAUCCAUCACAUUUGUCAACAUUAUCCAGCAAAUCAAUGCGCUGCGCAUGGUUUGUGAUAUGGGAAUGCACUACUAUUCCCGAUACGAUGUCAAGCCAGCGGAAUACAACACUCCAUCCGAACCUACGGAUUGGACUAGUGUUGCGCAACAGACAUUUAAUUUCCAGUGUGAAAUCACAUCUAUUGCUUGCCAACUGUGCAAGUCAACGCUUGACAUAACAGAACGACUAUUUAGCGAUUCAAACAACCACCUGGCAAACCCUCUUUUCUUUCAGUGCCGGAAAUUUGUCUGUCCAGAUUGCGUCCAACAUUCACGUGAAGGCCACACUAAAGACUUUCUAUGCGGCCAUAGUCCCCCUCAUAUAUUUGCUGAAGUUUCAUUAAACCGAGACAUUCUAGAGGAUAGCAUCCUCAUGCCAGCACACUCUGUUCCCCGACGCAAAGUUCUGCCGAACGGGCUUCCCUCUAAGGUAACCUCCUUAUUAAGGAGACUAAAGGACCAGGCGCCUAAUACAAAAAGCGUGGUAUUCUCCACCUGGAGAAUGACCCUGGACGUUGUCGAAUCGGGCCUUGAAAAAGCUAAGAUCCAGUUCCUCCGGUAUGAUGGCAAGGUCCCACAAAAGGAGAGACAUCACAUCCUUGAUAGAUUUCGGCGAGACCCUUCUAUCUCUGUUUUACUUUUGACCCUGUCGUGUGGUGCGGUCGGUUUAACCCUUACCGAGGCAUCGUAUGCUUAUCUCAUGGAGCCCCAUUGGAACCCCACAGUAGAAGAGCAGGCACUUGCUCGAAUCCACCGAUUGGGCCAAAAGAAGGAAGUGACAACAGUCCGGUUUUAUGUCAAGGACACGUUUGAAGAGCGUGUAAUGGAAGUCCAAAGAUCCAAAGAGGAUUUGGCAGGGAUGCUUUUUUCAUCCGACAACAGCAAUAGUCAAUCUGGGAACAAGGCGCGUUUGGAGCUCAUUGACUUGAUAGCGCCUUUGUAG